AUGUCCGCUCCGCCACUUCUAGCACUGCCUGGCGAGCUUCGCAACCGCAUCUACGAAUUCUGCGUCGAACCCAAAACUUUGUACAUUCCGAGGUACCCCAAGCGUACAAAGAAGCAUUACGCACAUGCCCGCUGUCGACUGUAUGGCAGCCUUCGGAAUGUGUGUCGGCAAAUGCGAGCAGAGUUCGGAUCACUGUACAUGGCCAAGAAUGUUAUGGUCCUUCACCAAAUCACCGCAAACGCAUUUCUCGAAACUUUCUAUCCCGAACUGAGGCAGCCGGAAGCCGUCAGCGAAGAGUCGCUGUUAGAGCGCAGUACCGCCGAUUCUAGCGUACAAGGCAACAUCCUGAUUAUGACAUACUUCAACCAGCGAUACGAUGCUACACCCCUCGCACGCCUUUGCAUGAAGCAUCCCAACUUCAAAGUCACUUUCACCGAUGCGAGUGCGUCCCUCCGUCUUGCUGUCGUCCUAGACGACUUCUUCGCCAAAAUCUCGUCCGGUGUAUUUCGUCCGGACUUGGAACGCCUUAUCCAAAGAGUCGACAUCUCCUGCAGCAUGCUUCCUGAGAUGCGCUUUACUUUCCAUUCUAGACGCGCAAUGGAGGAUCUUUUUGAACAGGAUGGAGCUGCGGAUCCACGGCAGGCGCUGAUUAAGAUGGGUGCGCCGCCUAUGAACGCUUUCGCUAUCUUUUUCUUAGCUGAGACUGAGGAUGUGUAUAAGCGCUCUGCACCACUACUUUAA